AAAGAAAAAAUAAAAUAAAAAAUCUCUCUGUUUCUUUUUCCUAUCCCUUCUUUUCUUUCGACGAACAAGAACAACGCAAUCUACUCUGCCGAUUUUCUUCUCCCGCUGAAUCGACCGCGCAUCAAAUCCGCUCCGACAUGAUCAUGCGCCGCAAGAGCUUCUCGCUCAGCGUGCCAGCGCAGUCAUAGAGCUCGCUGUUUUGCUCAGUGUGGAGAUCCGGCACUGAGAGGAUGUUUGGUGAAGGAGAGAUUAGCGCAGCAUGUCCGUUGACGCCAGUAAUUGGAAAUUUUUCUCCACUUCAUGGCAUGAUUUCUCUGGCACGUUCUAUGCGAAAGCUUUGUGUUGAUCAUGUCGUCCUACUCUAGUGUUUAAAUUCGAAUUGCACUGUUUUCAUCUAGUAAUGGAAGCAAGGUGGAAUGAAGCACUGGGCACGUUCUAUGCGAAAGCUUUGUGUUGAUCAUGUCGUCCUACUCUAGUGUUUAAAUUUGAAUUGCACUGUUUUCAUCUAGUAAUGGAAGCAAGGUGGAAUGAAGCACUGGAUCACGUGCAUAGCGUAGCUGUUAAGUGCAAACCUCGAGGUGCAAGACAUGAAGAGGGGCAGAGAGGUACCCUGUUUCCAAAAAAAGUUAGUUCGAACUCAUCAGUUGGCAAGCUCCGUAAACGUAAAAGACUAGAUGGAUGCAAGACUGAGUGCAGUUGUCGGGCAAGGAACUCUAUUUCGAAGAAUUACACACAUUUUAUGAAGAGCAGCCUGCCACAAAGGGUUCUGUUCUUUCAAGAGAAUGAAUGGAAUGAUUUUCCAACUUACAUUGUCGAGUUGAUCAAGGAAAGUUUUGAGUUGAAGAAUCCAGCAAUUGAAGUGAAGUCCAAUGGAUGCCAUUUUUUGCUGGAUAUCUUGUACAUGAGCCAGUGGGAUUUUGUAACAGGUUCACAAAGACAUAUUGCUUGGAUUGACGAAGCUGGUCGCCACUUCUUCCCUGAGCCUUAUUCAGGCACUACUGGGAUGCAAAAGUCCUGCCAAUCCGAGUUAGAGGCUGAUUCUGGUUACUCUUUUGAGAUACCAAAUGGGAUGCAAGAGAUUAAGCUUCAGCUGAACAUUGAAAUAGAUGGAGCCCAUAUAUGUUAUAUGGAAGAAGGUGUUGAAGAGUCAAGUUGCCAUGCCAAGAAAAUUAAAAUUAACCAAAUUCGUGCUGAUUGCAACGAGGAUGCAGAGGAUAAUAUUAAACUUGAUAAACCUUUGGAUACAAAAUUGGAGGAUAUAGUUGGGGGCGGCCAACUAAUGAAUAAAGUAUUAGAAACUAAAACUGGACCCAUGCAUCAGCAACUGAAUUCUGAUACCGUUAGAGACAUGUUUGUUAUGGGAAUGGGGUUCCCCAUGUGUUCAGACAUAAUUGAAAUUAACUGUUGCUUUAGUCAUUCGAUGCAAUCUCAAUUGGAACUCUUUGAAAAGCAAGUUGAGAUCACCAGAAAUCUUCGUGGGGAUCCGAAUGUUAAGUAUGCUUGGCUUGCAGCUAAUAAGGAUGCUGUACAUAGUAUUAUGAUGCAUGGCCCCAGUGCAGGUGGAUUUAAGAGAGUGUGUACAUAUGGCUCUGGAGUUCAUCUCACAUCUGUCGAUAAUACACAUAUUAGUGCAAAGUUUUGUGAUGAUGAUGAAAAUGGGGUAAAACACGUUGUGCUCUGUCGUGUCAUAUUGGGCACUGUUGAACUUGUCCAUCCUGGAUCCAGACAAUUCUGUCCUAGCAGCAGCAACUUUGACAGUGGAGUUGACGAUCUUCAAAAUCCACAGUACUAUAUAGUUUGGAAUAUGAAUAUGAACACACACAUUUUUCCAGAAUUUGUGAUAAGUUUCAAGAUUCGAGCUAGCGCUGGAGGGCAUCUAGCUGGAAAGAAUUGCCGGAAUGUGCCAUUGGAAACAACAGUUAGUAAAGGGCCUGUUGAUCAGGCUGCAUUACGCCAGUCACCCGUGGAGCCAAGACUUCAGGGGAAAGAUAAUACCUUGGGGUCAAGCUCUGCAAAGACUCCCAAAUCCCCAUGGAUGCCGUUUCCAUUAUUGUUUGAUGCCAUCUCAAAAGAAGUUGCUGCCGAGGAUAUGAACACAAUCGAUGCUAAUUAUAAACUUUUCAGGACCAAGAGGAUCUCUCGAAAUGACUUCAUCAAGAGGUUGAGGUCAAUAGUUGGUGAUGAAUUGUUGAGGUCCAGCAUAAUGAGUCUUCAGGGCAAGCCGGCUCUUGGAUCUAGUCACAAUCUAAAGGUGCCUAAGCCGGAGCAAGAGGUUUGAAUCUUCUUUAUCUAAUUUGCAAUGCUGUUAUCCUUUGUGUCAUGGGGAUUGCGACUCCAUUUAGAUCUCGGCUUCUUUUUCUUUGGGUGUUUCGAAGUAUCUCCUUUUGGAUCGUUAUGUAUAUAUUCUACGGAAUUCUUGCUGGUCCUGCUCAGCCUAGUGAAGAACUACCCUGUUGUUGUUAAUUUUUCAUCUUGGAAAGAAAGAACCGGCAUAUUAUUAACUUAUCUAGGGGUGAUUGGAUCCAAAGUGGGUAGGUUCCAAACCUAGACCUUGUACCCAACCCUGUUAUAAUUAGUUUCCCUUUUUUGGACCUCGUA